CUUAUUUCCUUCCAUUCCUUCAGAUACUACUCCAAGAGUCUAGCUAUGAGACAAUCAUCUUUCCAUUUUGCUUCAGACGCCAUCAGCUUUUGCAAAUCGAGCUCAACCGUCGGCAGCAGCCACUCACCGAAACACCUACGCCGGGGAGAUGCUCGUGACGCACGACGCGACGAGGACCGCGUGCAAUCUGUUCAAAACGUGUCCUGGCCCGCAGUCGGUCGGCAGCCUCGGCCAAAUGGACAAUUUUAAUCCACCUACUGCGGACGAACUUGCUGCUGCUGCAGUGCCGAAGCAGAAGUUAGGUUUUGGUGGUGUUUGGGGAGUCGGUGCAGCAGCAUCCACAGGGCAUCACGGAGGACCGCACCACCACUAUCAAGCGUCGCAAGUCGGCGGCGGGGACGGAGAAGAUCGUGGUCAUGGACACGUAACCGGACCCGGUGGAUCACAUUGCGUUGCCGGAGCGUUUGUUCUCGAGGACGAACCGCUGCAGGUGGGUGCGUCGAAGGCACCAGGUUACUGUGGAACUGACGUAUCAUCGCCGAUCAGCUCCAAAGCAUCGAGCAACUCAAAGACACGAGUAGCAGUGGCGAGUAGAACGUCAUCAAAACCCAUAGCAGUCGGGUCCCCCGCCGAGCGGGCUAGCCAAUCAUCAACACAUCGUCCAGAUCCGAGAAAUUGGACGGCCAGACGGUAGUUUGAUGAACUCGCGCGAUCAUCCACCACCGUUGGAAGAAAGUUUGAGGCCACAUCCCUCAAUGUUUGACGCGUUGGCAUCUCAAAAUCAGCACGUACUCAACAUUGGUUCGGAUCUGCUUCAGUCAUCCUACCAAAGUCACAUGAAACAGGCCGCGGGAAGCAAUCUGAGCCACAUUUCACGAACCCAAAACAUCGUCCUUUUCGGCAAUUCCACCUUCGCAGAACCAUCAAUCGGAAAACUGUCGAACCAGUUGGGUAACAUGUCCCGGACCGAUCGGAAAGUACCAGAACCUUUCACCAAACGGAUGGGGCCCUGGAAUGCCACCCUGCCGGGGAAGCAACCAGCAGUCGCAUGCAAUCGCGGCGGAGGAAGUGGCAGAAACCGACCAGGUCCACCAAUCGCGUGAAAAAAGGAGUACGAUGGGAUUUUAUUUAUUAUAAUAAUACGUUCUACGACAAAAAAUCAAGAAUAGGAAAGAAUUAGUGCAAUUUGUUCAAUUAAACAUGUUUGAUCAUGAGUCAAAUUUGAGUUGCAAAUUUGUUUCGGUAAACCUUGAGAAAGUAACCUUUAGUAAACCAGCUAUUUUAUUCUUUACUCCGUUGGAUUUAGAUUUUGAUGAAUUUUUAUACGCAUUAUUUUUAUGUUUUGUCUUACUGCAUUUCAAAUACAUGCUUUAAUUUUGUAUUAAAAUUUAUUUAUUCAAUACAAAGUUCAUAGCAUGGA